AUGGAUAAAUUUGUUACAAAAACAAAAGCAAACCCAUCAAAGAAGAUUGACCAAGAAGAUUAUCAAAAUGUGUGUAAAGAAAAAGAUAGUUCUACUUCACUUCCCAUAAACCCUGUAUUUCCUAGCACAUCACAUUUCGUUGAAGAAGUUGAGCUCAAUUUUCAAAUAGAACAUAAUGUAAGCAACUUAAAUUUAAGCAAAACAAAAGGAACCCAUUUUGCUAAAGAGUGGAUCAAAGGUGAAAUUUGUGCUGUUGGACCAGAUAUUAAAAAACAACAAGCAAAUCUAAGAAAGAAAAUUUUAUUGCACAAAACUUCGAAUGCUCAUUUAUAUAUGGAAAGAAUUAUUCAUAAAAGCAAAUUUGAUAAUAUCACAGAGCAUAUAAAAAAAUUAUCUAAAACUGAAAUAGAAACUACAGAAAAAGUGUUUAGAACUGCAUAUUGUAUUGCUAAAAAUCAACGGCCUUUUUCUGAUCAUCCAAAACUCAUUGAUCUCCAAAUCUAUAAUGGCCUUAAUAUGGGACGAAUCUUACAAAGUGAUAAGUCGUGUUCUAAUAUAGUUGAUCACAUUGCUAUUGAAAUGAGAAAAAAAGUCUGUAGUGAGAUUAUUCACCAACAAAGAAAGCUGUGUGUUAUAGUAGACGAAUCCACCACAUUGAGUAAAAAAACUAUGCUAGUAAUAUGUUUAAGAACUACUAUUGGUGAGGAAUUAAUAACUUUCUUUUUAGACAUGGUAGAAUUAAGUGCAACAUCUGCUGAAGAAAUAAAAAAUGCAAUUAUUACAAACCUAUUUUAUUAUGGAAUGACUGAUGAUUUUCUCAAAAAGAAUUUGAUUGCAUUUGUCAGUGAUGGUGCGUCAACUAUGCUAGGAAGAAAAGCUGGUGUAAGUACCAAGUUGCAGAGUAUGUACCCAAAUUUAAUUGUAUGGCAUUGUUUAAAUCACCGUCUUGAAUUGGCAGUUUACGAUACAUUGAAAGAAAUUAAUGGAACAAAUAAUUUUCAAUCAUUUAUUGAAAAUUUGUAUGCUUUGUAUCAUAACUCACCAAAAAAUAUGAACGAACUGAAAGAAUGCGCUUCAUCAUUAGAACAACAACUGCUACACAUUGGAAAAAUUUUUACCAUUAGGUGGGUGGCAUCAAGUGAAAAAACAAUUAAAGCAGUGUGGAACAAUUAUACUGCAUUAAAUGCACAUUUUUCUAAGUCAUCUGUUGAUAGUUCAAAAAAUUCAAGGGAUAGAUCUAAGUACUCGGGGCUUCAAAAAACUUUAGCAUCAAAGGAAUUUGUAAUUAAUUUGGGUAUAAUACACGAUGCUAUUAGUGAGUUAGCAGAUUUAUCAUUGAUACUACAAAAAAGAUGUUUGAGUAUAGCUGAGGCAAAUAAAUGUAUUCUUCGUACUAUUAGAAUUUUUGAAUCUAUGAUAGACCAUCAUGGUCCAAAAACUGAAGAAGCAUUAAAUGCAUGUGGAGAUGAACAAUUCAUGUUUAAAAAUGUUAAAUUAUCUAAUAAUAAGGUAAUACCCAAAAUUAUACCAUCCCAAUUUUUCAGAAGUCUUGCAAACAAUUUACAAAGUAGACUUUUCACCAUGCAAGCAUCACAUGUAGGUACACGUGACAACAAUUUGUUUAAAGAUCAGUACAAUAUUCUACUUUCUGACUUGGACAUGUUAGAUCCUAAGACAUGGCCCGAUAAAUUUGAUUUUCAACAUGGUGAUGCCAGUAUACGACGUUUAGCUAAACAAUUUCAAGUUGAUGAAAUAUCAUCAGUACGUGGUUUUCGGGAGUUCAAAGAAAUUAAGGAUCAUUCUAAUAUUUCUGAUCUAAAACCUCUAUUAACUGCAGUUAAUGCAGUGUCCAUUUCUUCAUGUGAAUGUGAACGUUCGUUUAGUGCAAUGAAUAACAUUCUGACACCUAAAAGAAAUGCGUUGUCUUCAAAGCAUUUAUGUUCAUUGCUAUUUAUAAACUGUGUUGGACCUCCUGUAAAAUUAUUUAUACCAAGUCCGUAUGUGUAUACUUGGAUAAGUAAUGGACGAAGAAUUGCUGAUGAAGUGUGUUGCCCAAAAAGACAAAAUAAAGAUAUUGAUAAUACUUCUUACAUGUCUUUAUGGACAUUAUUUGGGUCUUGA